UGUUCCUACACGUCCAAAGUCGGACGAUUUCGAUCCGUUGCGUCCUGGAGCCUGGAUGGGACGAACCAAACGCAUCCUCCCCUUCCGCGCCGCGCCCAAACCCCCCAAAACCCUAACCGCCCAGCCGCACGCCGGCCACCACCGCCAUGCCGACCGCUGCUCCCCUCCCAGCCCUCCUCCUACUCAUCCUCUUCCUCGCCUCCACGCCGCGCCCCGCGGCGCCCGCCUCGGCGGACCGCGCGGCUCUCCUCGCCUUCCGCGCCUCCCUCUCGUCGCCCUCCCGCGCCGCGCUCUCCUCCUGGCGCGGCCCGCUCUCGCCGUCCUGGCUCGGCGUCUCGCUCCACCCCGCCACCACCCCCACCACAACUCCCUCCGUCGCUGAGCUCGUGCUCCGUGGCCUCAACCUCAGCGGCACGCUCCCGGCGCCGCCGCUCGCGCUCCUCCGCCGCCUCCGCGCGCUCGAUCUCUCCGCCAACGCGCUCUGGGGAGAGCUCCCCUGCUCUCUCCCGCGUUCGCUUGUCUCGCUCGACCUCUCCCGCAACGCGCUCUCGGGGGCCGUCCCCACCUGCCUGCCGUCCUCGCUCCCCGCGCUCCGCACCCUCAACCUCUCCGCCAACUCCCUCCGGCUCCCGCUCUCCCCGCGGCUCUCCUUCCCUGCGCGCCUCGCCGCCCUCGACCUCUCCCGCAACGCCAUAUCCGGAGCCGUCCCCCCGCGGAUCGUCGCCGACCCCGACGCCUCCGCCCUCCUCCUCCUCGACCUUUCCCACAACCGCUUCUCCGGCGAGAUUCCCGCCGGGAUCACCGCGAUACGGAGCCUUCAGGGGUUGUUUCUCGCGGGCAACCAGUUGUCCGGGGAGAUUCCUCCCGGAAUCGGGAACCUGACCUACUUGCAGGUGCUGGAUUUGUCGCAUAACCGGUUGUCCGGUUUAGUGCCUGCCGGGCUUGCAGGCUGCUUCCAGCUUCUGUACCUGCGGCUCGGAAGGAACAGGCUCUCUGGGGCGCUGCGACCUGAGCUCGACGCGCUUGAUAGUCUCAAGGUUCUAGAUUUGUCAAACAACCAGAUAUCUGGGGAGAUUCCUCUGCCGCUGGCUGGGUGCCGGUCUCUGGAGGUGGUGGACUUGUCAGGAAAUGAGAUCACCGGGGAGCUCAGCAGUGCUGUAGCCAAAUGGCAGAGCUUGAGGUUCCUGUCGCUGGCUCGUAACCAGGUCUCUGGCCAGCUACCUGAUUGGAUGUUCUCGUUUCCGACGCUCCAGUGGCUUGAUUUGUCUGACAAUAAGUUUGUGGGUUUCAUCCCAGAUGGUGGGUUCAAUGUCAGUGCAGUGCUUAAUGGUGGAGGUGAUCAGGGGAUUCCUUCAGAGGUUGUGCUUCCACCUCAAUUGUUCGUGUCAGCAUCUGUGGACACAGUGUCGUGGCAGUUGGAUCUGGGAUAUGAUCUUCGGGCAACUACUGGGAUAGAUCUAUCAAGGAAUGAGCUCCGAGGGGAGAUACCGGAAGGGUUAGUUGCAGUUAAGGGAUUGGAGUAUUUGAAUCUCUCCUGUAAUUACUUGGCUGGGCAGAUCCCUGAGGGGCUUGGAGGAAUGGGGAGGUUGCGGACGCUUGACUUCUCGCAUAACGUGCUGUCCGGGGAGGUGCCUCCUGGGAUUGCUUCCAUGACAGAGCUCGAGGUGCUUAACCUCUCCUACAAUAGCCUGUCUGGGCCUUUACCAACAAUUGAUGGGUUACGGAAGUUCCCAGGAGCAUUGGCAGGAAAUCCAGGGAUCUGCAGUGGGGAAAGGUGCACCGAGGAUGGAAGUAUGCCAGGAGGGAAAAUGGCUGGAAGCAAUCGCCAUGGUUGGCUUGGUGGCUGGCAUGGAGAGAAUGGAUGGGUGUCUCUUGGUGCAUUCUGUAUCAGCACAAUGACUAGCUUUUAUGUGUCGAUGGCAACCUUGCUAUGCUCCCCCAAGGCAAGAAACUUUGUAUUUCGGCCCGUGAGGGCAGAAUAUUAACAAUAGAAGGAGAGUUGCGAAAUUAGGUUGUACUGUAAAUAAGAGGAUCUCUAUGAAGUUUGAGUGGCUGUAGUGUGCAAGCUGAUCAUCAAGAAAGAUGAGAUGGAUACCUUCGGUCAAGAGGAAGUUUGCCAUCUCACGUUAAUGAUCAAUCAAGGUGCCUGAUUGUUUCCUAACAUUCUUGCCCUAGGGAUUGGGUUCCAACACGUUUGCAUCUGUUAUGCAAUCAUCUGCUGGUGGUAGCCCUUCCGUGUUUCUGAGUAUAGGGUGCCAGUUGCUGCUUGAGAGUUCAGACCAUUGAAUCUUGAUACCAAUGAGCAAGGAUGCACAUAAUUAGGUGGUGCAAUAGCCACAAUCGUAAGCGUCGCUACUGUUAGCAAGUUCAGAUGUAAAUACGCUCUGUGGAUUUUCAUUCCCUGUCCAGUUCAAAACUGGUCAUGCUUGUAGUGUUGUUGAGCUACCGUUCAAUGUUGUGACAGCAGAUGUUUUGUUGAAUAUAUAAAAAUCUGCCUAAUUCGGUGUACUUAUAAUUU